AUAUAGAGAAACCACAGCCGGGGAAGCAAAACUUUCAGAUCUGGCUAAUGGAUGGCACUAUCCUGUGUGGACUCAUUAACAGUUUGUAUCCGCGUGGUAAGGAGCCUAUUAAAAAGAUCCCAGAGACUCAGAUGGCCUUUAAGCAGAUGGAAAAGAUCUCCCAGUUCCUGCAGGCAGCUGAAGCUUACGGAGUGAUAACCACAGACAUUUUUCAGACAGUGGACUUGUGGGAAGGAAAAGACAUGGCAGCCGUCCAGAGAACACUAAUGGCCCUGGGUAGCGUUGCUCUCACAAAAGACGAUGGACUUUACCGAGGUAACCGGGACUGGUUUCACAGGAAAUCUCAAGGCAACCGGCGAGAGUUU